GGAAUAUUGGAGACUCUCUGCUACUGCUACCAGCAUAGUUCCGAUCCGCCGAUUUCCGAUCAUCGGAAGGGUAGGGGAAGGGAAUUUCUUUUCGUUUUUUUACUUAUAUUUUGAAGAAUCCGUUUCAGGUUCCAAAUUCUGAUUCCGAAGCAGAUUGUGGAGAUGAUGCAGUUUUCGAAAGUUAAUCUCAAAGCAAUCGAGGAAGAAGAUGAGGAGGAGGAGGAGGAGGAGGCCGGCGAAGAAGUCGAAUCAGCGCCGCCUAUGAAACCGGGCGAUGAGAGAGAAAUAAGCUCCAAUGGUCUCAAGAAAAAGCUCAUUAAAGAUGGCCAUGGUUGGGAGACCCCUCAGUUCGGCGAUGAAGUUACAAUUCAGUACACGGGCAAUUUGUUGGAUGGAAGCACAUUUUUAUCAACAAGGACCAGCGAUGGGCCCUUCACAUUCAAGCUUGGACACGGGGAAGUAGUUAAUGGGUUGGAUGAUGGAAUUGUAACAAUGAAGAAAGGAGAGACGGCAAUGUUUACUCUGCCUCCACAUUUGGCAUAUGGAGUAGAAGCAAAUGCCGUUGUGCCUCCAAAUUCUACGGUUCAGUUUGAAGUAGAACUCUUGUCAUGGAUUACUGUAGUUGAUGUUUGCAAGGAUGGUGGAAUUAUUAAGAAAAUUCUGAAACAUGGAGAACCAAUUGGCCCUCCCGGCGAUCACGAUGAAGUUUGUGUUAGGUAUGAGGCAUUGCUUGCUGAUGGCACCAUUAUGGCAAAAACACGCGAAGAUGGUGUGGAGUUUAAUAUUGAAGAUGGGCACUUCUGUCCAGCAUUAACCAAAGCAGUUAAGACGAUGAGACGAGGGGAGCAGGUCAAAUUAGUCGUUCAGCCAAAGUAUGUCUUUGAUGAACCUGGUAAGGAGGCAGACGGUGAGCAUCCUUCCAUCCCACCUAAGUCUGUCCUAUAUAUUACAGCAGAGCUUGUUUCGUUUAAGUCGGUUGUAGAUAUAACUGGUGAUCUUAAAGUUAAAAAGAAAGUGUUAAAGGAGGGUGAUGAUACAUUGACAGCAAAUGAAGGUGCUACUGUUACAAUUAGGUAUAAAGGAAUGUUAGAGGAUGGGACUGUAUUCGAGAGUAAGGGCUUUGAUGGUUCGGAGCCACUGAAAUUUCUCACUGGUGAAGAGCAAAUGAUUGACGGAAUGGAUCGAGCAGCGUGCACCAUGAAGAAAAAUGAAUUCGCACUGGUUACAAUUUCCCCGGAGUAUGGAUUCGGAAGCGGUGAAGUAAAACGAGAUCUCGCCGUGGUUCCCCCGUCGUCAACCAUUCUGUAUGAAGUUGAAAUGUUGGACUUUGUCAGGGAAAAAGCGCCGUGGGAAAUGAGCAAUACAGAGAGGAUAGAGGCUGCUACACAGAAGAAAGAAGAAGGCAACCACCUCUUCAAAAUCGAAAAAUUCCAACGAGCUGCGGCAAAAUAUAACAAGGCAGCUGAUUAUGUAAGCGAAUAUGGAUCCUUCACCGAUGAUGAUGAGAAAUUAGUUAGAUCGUUGAGGAUCUCUUGCUGGUUGAACGGCACAGCUUGUUGCUUAAAACUAUGCGAUUUUCAGGGAGCAAUCAGUCUCUGUUCGCGGAUCCUCAAUACUGAAACCUGCAACGUGAAGGCAUUGUACAGGCGGGCUCGAGCUUAUAUUGAAGUUUCUGAGUUUCAACUUGCGGAAGUCGACAUUAGAAAGACCUUAGAACUCGAUCCUCACAACAGGGACGCCAAGUUAUUACAGCAGAAACUGAAACAGCUUCGAGCUGAGAGCAACAAAAGAGAUGCAAAUUUGUACAGAGCAAUGUUCCCAAGUGUGUCCAGAGAUGAUUCUCCUGCUCCUAAGAGAUUGAAAAUUGUGGAGGAUGCCAAAGAGGGAUGACUCGAGCCGAGCCAAGCCAAUUGCAGAUGCCCUCAUUCUGAUCCAACCGUCCAUCUCCAUCUUGUAAGAUUAAUAUCAAUGGUCACUAUGGCUUUGCAUGAUUUGGAAGUAGAGUGUUUAUUUGUGUGGGACGGAAAAAUUUUAAAAUACUAGUAUUUCUUAACUAUUUUAACUUUUUUUUAUAAAUAAGCUUUGUAAUUUUGCUUUCCAUAAUAUCAACUUAAGAGUGAAUUUGAUCAAAUGAGGACUCUUCAGUCUCAUUUU